UUUAAAAAGUGUAAAAAAGUAUUAAGAAAAUGUUGAAAGCUGUGAUACUUAUCGGAGGACCACAAAAAGGCACUCGCUUCCGCCCGCUGUCCCUGAACACGCCGAAGCCCCUCUUUCCUCUAGCUGGUCUACCACUUAUCCAACACCACAUUGCAGCCUGCAUCAAGUUGCCCGAGUGCAAGGAGAUACUCAUAAUCGGAUCUUACACUACCAAUCAUAUGGCACAGUUUGUUAGUGAUAUGCAGAAAGAAUAUCAUAUUAUUAUUAGGUAUCUCCAGGAAUUCACUCCCUUAGGCACAGGUGGGGGCCUAUAUCACUUCCGUGAUCAAGUACGAGCUGGCCACCCGGCUGCUUUCUUCCUCUUGAAUGGAGAUGUUUGUGCUGACUUCCCGUUGAAGGAGCUGUGGGCUUUUCAUGAAGAGAGACCUACUGCACUGGUAACAAUAAUGGGCACAGAAGCAACUCGACAACAAUCAGUGCACUACGGUUGCAUGGUACGGGAGCCGUCGACCAAAUCUGUCACGCAUUAUGUCGAGAAGCCAAACUCUUAUGUUUCAACGUUGAUUAAUUGCGGUGUUUACGUUUGCUCCCUGAACGUGUUCUAUACUAUGGCCGAGGCUUUUAAGAAGAAGGAGGAAGAGUUUUACAGUGGGAAUGGUCAGACUGUUCCUAACUCUGGUUACAUGUCGUGGGAACAAGACGUGCUGGCGUCUCUGGCGGGCACAAACAAGCUGUUCGCUAUGCAGGUAACAAACUGGUGGUCUCAAGUAAAAACCGCGGGGUCAGCUAUAUAUGCCAACAGACACUAUUUAGAACUAACUCGAGGAAGCAAAGGCGCAGCACAACCUGCCUGUCAAAUUAUACCCGACGUCUUCGUUCAUCCCAGCGCUAGUGUUGAUUCUACAGCUGUUAUCGGGCCAAACGUGUCAAUCGGCGCAGGAGUGACCAUCAAAGCCGGCGUCCGGAUAAAGGAGAGCAUUGUACUGAACAAUGCUACAAUCGGCGAACACGCUUUGGUUAUGUACUCUGUCGUUGGCCAGGACGCGUCCGUAGGUGAAUGGGCCCGUGUAGAAGGCACGCCGUCAGACCCCGACCCUAACAAGCCAUUCGCCAAAAUGGACAACACGCCGCUGUUUAACACAGAUGGAAGACUUAACCCCUCCAUUACCAUACUAGGUGCCGGGGUAGUGGUACCGGCAGAGACAAUCCUGCUAAAUUCAAUAGUCCUGCCGCACAAACAUCUCGCAAGGAGCUUCAAGCACGAAAUAAUUUUAUAGUGUUAUAUCUCUGCUGUUAGAGGACAAAGAGACCAAUUUAUUGUUAUAAAAGUUUAUUGUAAGUUCAUGUGUUGUGACAACCAUAAAAAGGUAAACGCAAACCUUACAACGACGUCGGUGGCCCAGAGAUAGAGGGUUUUUCAUGAGGAGAUCCCGGGUUCAGUUCCUGGUACGACCGUAUCGUCGUAAAUUUAAAUAUGAAUUUAGGAAUCAAUGGUUUACUACAUUGGUUCUGUUCUUAAGUGUUCGGGGUAACUAGUGACCCUUAGUUAAUUUGUGUAGGUUUAGGGUAUAUCUUAACUUCAAUUUAUUUGAUACAAUUAUUUACAAUAGUGUUAUAACUCAAAAUAUGUGAAAUUCAACAUUAUACCAUUAUUGAACGUAAAAUUUGAUUCUCUAUACGUCAAUAAAACCCUAGUUAGAAUAGUGUAAAAAACAACUAGAACAUGUCUACUUAACUCAAAAUGAGCCACGCUUUAUGUGAGCUAGUUCUGGCCAAAUAGGCCUUAUUCAAAAAUAGGAAACUAUUUUUUCUCUUUUAUUUUUAAAUAUAUUUGGCAAGUAGGA